CUCAAGGAGAAGUGGCGUGCUUUACCUUUUCUUACUUAGGUAGAAUUCUCGUUGUAUGCUGCAAUUUUUUGUUAAAUCCCAAGACCCAGCCCUCAAAACUGCUUAGAAUAUUUGAAAUAACAGAACUGAAAACUUUUAAUGUUUUGUUUUGCAUGUAUGGACCGGGGUGUCGUCCUAAAAAGUCAGGCAAACUUUAGAAGCCACACCAUCAUUCAAGCUAUUCACCGACUGAAAAAGACUGAUAGAAAAUUGCUCAUUGAAGAUCUAUAUUAUGAUAAAGGGUUUUCGACACAAAAUUUGUCAAGCAAAUUAUGUGCUCUGUUAUUAAGAGAGAGAGAGAGGGGGAGGGGGCUCAGUUGAGGUCACCUUAACAAAGAUUCCAGAAAGGUUGAAAAAGGCUGUUUCUGGGAGCCUGGGUGUAACAGUAAAGAUAUCAUUUUCUUGCUUAGUUUAGAGCAGUGUCACUGAGAGGUUUUGGAGGUUCUGUGGCAAGAAAGAACAGACAAGGGUCUUUGCAAGCGAAGCGACCAGACACAGUUUUUUGAUCAUGCUCUUUAGAUUAGCUAAGAAUACCUUCCAAAAUUUUUUUGCAGUCAUUUUCUUGCAAUCAUUUAAAACAUUAUACAAUUUGGUGUUUCUAAAAGCAGAUCCCAUGGAAAAAUGUUUUAGAUCAUGGCCCCAGAGGGUCACCCCUCUCCCACUCCAUUUGAUCAUUUCGUUUCAAGGGCACUUUUUGCGAGGGACGAUUCACUCUUUGCUCUUGCAAAUAGCGUACGAGAUCUCCACCAAAAUAAAAGGAUUCCCAGAGAUUUUCAGAUAAAAUAGUGGGAUUUCAAAAGUGUACGGGAUUUUCAUGGAGUGAUUUGUUUUCGACUUUUUGGUUUUGCAGUUGGCAAAAGAAGGGCAACUCAGGAAGCUGCAAAGGGGCAUUUCACGGGGGCACAUGCCCCCUGUGCCCCUACGUCUUUAGAUCUAAUCAUAAGGGGGAAAGAGAGUCACUGUGGAUUUUCCCAAUAAAACGGAUUGUACAUAAUCUUGUUUAUACCCACGUUGAACUGCUGUCACACAAUUUCUUGCGUGGUUAGUUUUCUUGGUCCUACCUGCUGUACGUGUUUUCUUGUUUUCAACCAGCAAGGCCAAAGGUGUUGAGUUCAGCCCCGUUUUCAAAGGUGCUUGCUAUUUGAUAAACUGACGGCAAUUUCUCAGGGGAGGUCAAAAGCUGAAUUUUCAUGUCUUUUUUGUCUUUUAAGAUGAUUUUUCAAUGCAGUUUUGCACUUCAUUUUUGGGUAAAACUUUGUUAUCAGCACACUUUGUUCCUAGGGAAAGACUUCUGUCGUUUUAUGAAUUUUACUUGCAGUUAUCGAAUAUUUGCUUCAAGGCUCAAAUGCAAUAUGCUAUUUGUCAUCAAAAGCUUAGCAAAAAAUAGAAAAUUAUCUUGUUGGCAGACUCUCGCUGUGAUAAUGAUUUUAGUGAAAGACAAGCAAAUUUGUUAUCGGCGUGGAAAAAUAGGCUUCGAACUUCACUCAGGUGGCAAUCUUUUGGUUGCCCAUCUUAUUUUUCAUACAAAUACACAGAGCUUAGGAAACCAUAGCUAGAUAAACAAAAGUUUGUGUCGAGGCCAUGCGGUAGGGAAUAUGCUUCCGCGAUCAAAGAGUAGUUUGUUCUUGAGGAAACACUGCCCAGAUAUCGUUCGUUCUAAAAGCUCGACAAAUUUGAACGCUGAUAUAAUACCCCGUUCAGCAAGGUCGCCGACGCCCGAUGAACUUAGUCCCAAUGUGGCUAGAAACUUCAUCAGAGAAGGUGCAGUUUGCCUGUCCACGGGCGUCUCCUCUUUGAACCGUUACAUGUUUUUAUUCAGUGAUCUGCUGCUAAUAGCAAAACCAAAGUCAGGAGCAUCGUUCAAGUUGAAGUUGAGACUGCCAGUCAGUGAAUUGUGGUUGCAGAGCGCAAUUGAUGGCGUCUGCGAGUCUACUGUCGCUCCAAACAAAUCGUUUGUCGUCGGAUGGCCCACUGUCAGCUACGUGGCAACUUUUAGCACUACUGAAGACAAGACUCUAUGGUGGAACGUCCUCAAAAAGACCAUUGAAGAACAACGAGCCAUCGAAGGAGGAAGAACUGUCCCAAUCAGAAUUAUUUUCAGAGAUACGAUCCAGAAAAAUAGUGCUCCAUUGUCACUGCCAGUGUCAAAUGAAGACGACGUCAAAUCUGUAGUCAACAUGGCAUUGCAGGGUUUUGGCAUUGCGGGGUCUGAUGUGAACGACUUUCAACUUUGGGUGGUUUCAGGGAAGGAAAACGCAGCGUAUCCAUUGAUGGGUCAUGAAAUACCUUUCUGCAUAAAGAUGAAUCACAUUCGACAAGCGAGCUGCAAUGUCGAUUCGCCUGUCACUGAACGCACUGAGUUUGAUCCAGAACAAGUGCAUUCAAGAUCAAAGUGUGAGUUUAUAUUGAAGAAAAAGAAGAACUCGACUGGUCGCCUUGAUGUUGAUUCGCCUAAUAGCCAAAAAAGAUGGAAAAGCCCCAUGAAAUCUCCUAUCAUAAACUGGGCACUACACAAGAAACCCCAGAAGCAGAACUCAAUCGAAGAACGUUCUCAACAAGGAAGCUUUUUUGGCCUUCCUCUUGGACAAGUUUCAGCGGAUGAAGAACAGCUACCAACACCAGUGCAAGACAUGUUAACUGAGCUUUUUCGACGUGGACCUUCAACGGUUGGGAUUUUCAGAAAGUCUGCUUUGAUGAAGAGCGUCAAACAGCUGCGUCAAGAAUUAGACGAAGGGAAAAUAGUGAAUUUUGAAGAGAAAAGUGCAGUGGUUAUUGCAACAGUGUUGAAGGAAUUUCUUCGUGGCCUUCCCGCCUGUGCUUUUGGCAGUGAAUUUCUGAACGAAAUGUUGGAAACCAAUGACAUUACUGAUCCGAAUGAGAGGGCUGCAGAAAUAGACAAAAAUUUGAACAAGUUGCCGAAAUUGAACCAAAUACUGAUCAAGAAGUUUUUCUGCGUUCUUUACCACAUCGCUCGACUUUCGGAAACAAACAAGAUGACCGCGCAAAACCUGGCAAUAUGCAUCGCACCGAGUCUUGUUUGGUCGAGUAAGACUCUAGUGCCAUCUAGCCCAAAGGAGACAACAUCGGCCUGUGAGCUCGUUCAGUUUAUAAUUGAUAAUUACACUUUCAUUUUUGGUGAAGAUGCCACUACCAUUCUCGGGGAUAUAUCGGAAAUCCAAGCUCCGAUCGUGUACGAUGACGAAGAGAUGCCCGAACAGAACUCAGAUACACCUGAUGCAGCGCAAUCUAGUCCAACCCAGGAAGAACUUAGUUCGAGAAAGACCGGAUUCUCUUUAUCCUUGCGUGUCCCUGAUUCGACUGCCAAUCCGGAUUUUAGUCCGACUUCUCCAGAAAUUGACCGGAAGUCGAACACUGUCCAACAUUUUCAGAAUGGUGGCCGUCUAAUAUUUAAUCUCAAGAAAGAAAAUCGUCGACAUUCAGAAAAUGAUCUAACGGACUUAAACGACAACUUCCCAGUUCGGAAAUUGAGGGCGAAAGUUCCUCUCUCUUCUUAUACAGCCACAGCCGAACUAAUCAAGCAUCGAACUACAAGCGAAGACGAUAGUAACGAAACUUCUCCAACAGUUAUUAAAAUUGUCAGCACUACUAACGAAAACUCGCCGCCCGUAAAUGGACGUAGGAAAAACUCGCCUUCGAAUCAUGCAAUUUAUCAUCAAAAAGUCCGUCCGACGCCAACAUACGAAGAGGCGAUAAGACAGCUGCGAAGAAAUGCUCAGUUCUCUCCAACAUUUACUCGAAAAUACGACUGGAAUGUCGAAAGUUCGAACGAAAGCAUUGAUCAGACACCGAACGAAAAGAGACACGACGCUCCAAAAGUUCCGAAAAAUGAAACCGGCCCUUCGCAAGUUGAUGUUUCCCUUUCUUUUGCGGUAAACGAAAAGCAGGAGAAUGAUGCAACCUUGAAAGGAAAAACCGUCGAUCCUAAGCGAAAACUUGAAACGCAGAAAUUUGCUUACCGCUUAGGAUCUCCUUCGUCAGACAGACUGAAAACAUCAAGAUAUACAGCGGAAGAUUUUCGUCGUAAAUCUCCCAAUGAGAUUUUUGUUAGUCCGGGACAUUUGCGCAGCCCUGUUUCGCCAUCAUCUUACGAAGAACAUUUGCAACGCCGUAAAAGAUUCGAGAAAGCUUAUUUACAGAAGAUCAACCUGAACCUGAACGAUGGAGAUUUUGAAAAAACUUCAAAGGGCGUAAACGUCAAUUCAGAAUUUACGAAAAAGGGGGCAGAUUUCACGCAUUCGUACAACGGAGGGGGAAAACAGAAGACCUCACAAACAGCGAGCAGAAUUCUGUCAAAAAGUCUUGAUUCUAAAGGCCUUAGAGCACUGAAAGUCAGGCCGGAUAAUGAAAAUUGCGAUAGUAUACCAUUGAGUAACGGUGUACAUACAUUUGUCACGCAAAGAAAGAGUCUUAAUACUAACGGGACAUCUGCUAUUACGAUAUCACCCAAAAGCGAACAUUCAAAUGGAGUAAAAGGAACACCGAGCCUGGACCGACAUUCGCCAUCCUUACGCGCUGCAAUCGAGGCUGGGACUUUUAUGUACCGAAAAAACGAUGCAACGAAGGGUCCUAGAUUUGACAUUAACGAACCAAUUGAAAGGAACAACAACCAGCUUCAAACAGAUUGUUUUGUUGAGCGCCCACGAAAACUUAGCGAUAGAACGGCUGAAAAUUUUGAUCAAAUAUUAGCUGGACUGAAGGAUCUUGAUGACGUAAGCAGCAGCAGCUCUAGUUCAACUGACAUUGUAUCGGAAGUAGACGUACCCUCGCAUGAAGAUAUUAAAAAUAUUUUAUGUCAAGAUGAAUCUUAUGUCUAGUAAUUAUUACGCAUGUUGAGUUGGGUUUUCAAUUUGAAUCAUCCAAAAAGAACUGGCCAUAUCGUUUUGUCAUUGGUUAUUCGUCAUGAUAAGAAUAGGGAGGGGUAACACUUAUAGAAAUAGGUGUAACAUGUACUUACAAGUAAAUAAUAGAAAACUUCCACUACUCGCGUUAGCAGUUCUGUUUCACAAAUCCAGAGAAGACCUUUCCGUUUUCAUAAGCUGAUUUGAACAGUGAAAGUUGAAAUAUAUUUCGCCCAUGAGCUUAACAUCUACAAAUGUUUGAACACAGACAAUUUGUCCUAUUUUGUUCGCCUUUGAAGCUUUCAGAUUUUGCAAGCUAUGGUCGAUCUUUAUUGCAAAUCCAUAUUUGAUUGUGUUUUUUCAAAUUCGAUCGAUUUCUUGGAAGUAGCCCCAAGUUGAAAUACCAAUUAUGGGAGGCAAGUUUAAUCUAGAACCGUCAGAGUUUUAUGACUGAAUUAACUUUUGUGUUAUUAAUGUACAUAAAGAGAUGAGAUAUACAGGAAUUAUUAUCGAACUGAGGAGUUAGGACGCCUUACAGCUUAUAUUGAUCAUAACAUCCAAGAUUUUUUAAUCCGUUUAUACCAUCUUCCAUUAUAUUGCAACCGGUGUUAUUUGGUUGGGUUUUUAUCAUAGUAUGCAGUUCCCGAAAAGUAUAAAUCCGUAUUCAACUAUUGUCAUAUUCGAAACAUUUAGUUAAAUUGUAUGCAUCUGUUUAACUAUUACAUACAAUUUGUUAAGCAAACCCCUCUUCCUGACUCCCUCUUCCUAACUCCCUCCUUCCGACCUUCUCCUACCGACCUUCUCCUCCCGAACUUUUCAACCCGAUAAAACAUGAAGCAGUUAAACAUUUACCAGCAAAACCCGACCAAAGACAUUCGGUGCCUAUCAGCGCCCUAGGAAGAUUGAAACUUGUAAACUUCGUACAAAAGCAGGCAUUGUAUCUUUGUUGAUAGCAUGAAUAUUUUAAUUAAA